CUGGUGGACCUCCCCUGGGCAUCUCAGGCAGCCGCCGAGCCCUCUCCGACCCCCUUGCCUCUACCCACCGUGGGACCUGUGGCCCCAGUGGGGGCCGAGCCAUUUAGGAGUCCUUGCCUGAGGAAAUCCGGUCCAGGAAUACAGAAGAGGAGGGAGCCAGUUGCAUUGCGCUGAAGGAAAGUAGCGCAGCGCUGAAGCUUUCAUCUGCUGGAGAAGUGCAGACACCCUGCCCUGGGGGACCUUGCAAGAAGACCGCGUGCAGACAGGCUUUCUGCCAGGCCCCGGGGUUGUGCUUUCAUGCUCCAGCAGCCACCCCCUUCUAGCGUAUGCAAGUGGGUUUGGAGGUUGCUAUGUUAAUGCUGCUUAUUCUUGGAGUAUUGCUUCAUGGUGUUUCACUGAGUGGCCAAGAGGAGGCUUCUCCCAAGGCUGAUGGCAUUCCAGGCGAACCUCUGUUUAACUACGCCAGCAUUCGCUUGCCACAGGAACACAUUCCCUUCUUUUUGCACAAUAAUAGGCACGUUGCCACGGUCUGUAAGAAAGACUCCCAUUGUCCUUAUAAGAAACACUUAGAGAAUCUAAAGUUCUGCUGGGGUUAUGAGAAAUCCUGCAAACCAGAGUUCAGGUUUGGCUACCCUCUUUGUACCUACGUCGACAUGGGAUGGACAGAUACCCUUGAAUCAGCCCAGGACAUAUUCUGGAAACAAGCUGACUUUGGAUAUGCCGGAGAGCGACUGGAAGAACUUCACGUGCUCUGCCAGCCUGAGGAAACGAAUGACUCAAGUCUGGUAUGUUCCCGUUAUCUUCAGUACUGCAGAGCAACCAAUCUCUAUCUUGAUUUAAGAAACAUCAAGAGAGACCAUGACAGAUUUAAGGAAGAUUUUUUCCAGAGUGGCGAAAUUGGAGGACACUGCACACUUGACAUUCAUACAUUGAUGUCUCAAGGUCAGCGCAAAAGCCCUCUGCAGUCCUGGUUUGCUGAGCUACAAAGCUAUACUCAGCUCGCCUUCAGACCCAUAGAAGCUGCUGAAUGUGACGUUGUUAUUGAAAAACCAACCUACUUCAUGAAACUGGAUGCAGGUGUUAACAUGUAUCACCACUUCUGUGAUUUUAUCAAUCUUUAUAUUACUCAGCACGUUAAUAAUUCAUUCAGUACAGAUGUGUACAUCGUGAUGUGGGACACCAGCUCCUAUGGGUAUGGUGACCUAUUCUCUGACACAUGGAGAGCAUUUACGGAUUAUGAUGUUAUACAUUUGAAAACUUAUGAUUCCAAAAGGGUGUGUUUUAAAGAAGCUAUUUUUUCCCUACUCCCCCGGAUGCGAUACGGGCUGUUCUAUAAUACCCCUUUGAUAUCUGGCUGUCAGAACACGGGAUUAUUCAGGGCAUUUUCCCAGCAUGUGCUGCACAGACUGAACAUCACACAAGAGGGCCCCAAGGAUGGAAGAAUCCGAGUCACCAUUCUUGCACGGAGUACAGAGUACCGGAAAAUUCUAAACCAAAACGAGCUGGUAAAUGCACUGAAAACAGUAUCUACACUUGAGGUUCGGAUUGUCGAUUACAAGUAUAAGGAACUUGGGUUUUUAGAUCAGCUGAGGAUCAGUCAUAACACGGACAUAUUUAUUGGAAUGCAUGGAGCUGGUCUUACCCAUUUACUCUUCCUUCCAGACUGGGCUGCUGUCUUUGAACUGUACAACUGUGGAGAUGAGCGCUGCUACUUAGACCUGGCCAGGCUGAGAGGGAUCCAUUACAUCACUUGGCGAAGGCAGAAUAAAGUCUUUCCUCAGGAUAAGGGCCACCACCCGACUCUGGGGGAACAUCCAAAGUUUACCAACUACUCUUUCGAUGUAGAAGAAUUCAUGUACCUUGUCCUUCAGGCGGCAGACCACGUAUUACAACACCCGAAAUGGCCGUUUAGGAAAAAACGUGAUGAGCUAUAA